AUGGCCCAGAAAAGUCCGUCGACCGACAAGAGGGGAACGCUCCCUGUUGACGAUAGCGCCGAACCUUCCUCGCACAGAGAAUCCUAUCGAUGGCCAACACUCUACGAUGCAGUGGCCGGAAAGCUAGGGACUGGGGGGUUUCUGUCCACCGAACAGGUCAGAUCCAGCACUUAUCUGCCCAGUGGGCCCGAGGACUACCUCUUGCGGCGAACAAACAUACCUAGCGAUCUGCUUGAGAAGUCGUAUGCAACUGUGGCAGAGAUUGUAACUAGCGGUAAAUUGCCGGAUUCAGAGAUGCUCAAGGCGGUCCACACAUACGCCUCCGACUUCUAUUUCUCAGCAAAUGGCAAGGGGAAAUCUAAGAUUGACAUGCGUUCUCUCGAUGAGACAGCAUUGAUUGCUGUUGGCAUCUUACUCGAGGAGGCAGUAAGAGAAACUCUUGGAGAAAACGGGGACAUGGCUUUUGUGGAACCAGAAGGACUGGAAAACGGGCUGGGUGAGAGCAAAAUGACCAAACAUCAGAUCAAAGGGAGAGUCAAAUCAACGACGGUCCUUUCGCCUGUUCAGUACGAGGAUAGCCUGGUUAAAGAUGCCUCUCCAGCGAAAAGACUCAAGCGGUAG